AGUCAGGAGAGCUCACUUGCCUCCCUGGUCUCCAGUACAGCUUUCCUGAGCUUUUGAAGGGUGGGGGAUACUGAAGGCACCCUCUGAGCAGCCAUGUCCGGUCUGUGAGUUUCAGCUCUCGCUCUGUGGCAGUCCCAGGGGUCAGCCAAAUGCGGGUCAGCACCGUCUCCUCCACCCGUGGAGGAGUGGGUGCCGGCUUUGGCAGCUCCAGCCUCUACAACCUCGGCUCCACCAACAAGCGGAUCUCCCUUGGAGGUGGCAGCUCCUACAGCGUUCGGUCUGGAUAUGGCUACGGUGGCAUGGGAUUUGGUGGGGAGUCCGGGGGCAUUCAGGAGGUCACCAUUAACCAGAGCCUCCUGACACCCCUCAACCUGGAGAUCGACCCCAAUAUCCAGCGGGUGCGGAAGGAGGAGAAGGAGCAGAUCAAGACACUCAACAACAGGUUCGCCUCCUUCAUCGACAAGGUCCGGUUCCUGGAGCAGCAAAACAAAAUGCUGGAGACCAAAUGGAGCCUUCUCCAGGACCAAAAGACUGCCCGGAGUAACAUCGCUCCCAUGUUUGAGGCAUACAUCACAACCUGAGACGUCAGCUGGAUGGGUUUGUUGAAUGACAAAGGGCGCUUGGAGGGUGAACUGAAGAACAUGCAGGAUCUUGUUGAGGAUUUCAAGGCCAAAUACGAAGAUGAAAUCAACAAGCGCACAGCAGCAGAGAAUGAGUUUGUGGUGCUCAAGAAGGAUGUGGAUGCCGCCUACAUGAACAAAGUGGAGCUGGAGGCCAAGGUGGAUGCACUGACGGAUGAGAUUAACUUCCUGAGAUCUCUUUAUGAAGCGGAACUUCGUGAGCUGCAGUCCCAGAUCUCUGACACAUCUGUGGUGCUGUCCAUGGAUAACAGUCGAAACCUGGACCUGGACAGCAUCAUUGCAGAGGUCAAAGCACAAUAUGAGGAUAUUGCCAACAGGAGUCGGGCAGAGGCUGAGUCCUGGUACCAGAGCAAGUAUGAGGCACUGCAGGUCACUGCUGGGAAACACGGAGAUGACCUGCGCAACACGAAGAAUGAGAUCUCAGAGAUAAACCGCAUGAUCCAGAGGCUGCAGGGUGAAAUUGAAAAUGCGAAGGCCCAGCGUGCCAAGCUGGAGGCUGCCAUUGCUGAAGCUGAGGAGCGUGGUGAGAUGGCUGUCAGAGAUGCCAAGGCAAAGCUGGAGGAGCUUGAGGCAGCUCUGCAGAAGGCGAAGCAGGACAUGGCCCGGCAGCUGCGCGAGUACCAGGAGCUGAUGAACGUCAAGCUGGCCCUGGACAUCGAGAUCGCGACCUACAGGAAGCUGCUGGAGGGAGAAGAGAGCAGGUUGGCUGGUGAUGGAGUUGGCAGCGUCAAUAUCUCUGUGGUCAGCUCCAGCGGUGGAGGUGGCUACGGCAGCUCCAGUGGAUUUCUGGGAGGAGGAGUCAGAGGAGGCCUUAGCCUGGGAGCAGGCAUGGGCAGUGGGGCGCUCGGCUUCUCCUCUGGGGGUGCUACCAAAUCCUACACUGUCACCACAACCUCGUCCACCAGAAGCUUCAGGAAGUAACCACAGGAACGGAAAUCGGCGGUUUCCCACUACACGGGAGGAGGGAAAACAUAGAAAAGUUGUGUUGCCUUUUAUAGGACAAAUUGGCUGCAAAAUUUCUGCAGUGAUGAAUGAAUUGGAAUAAGAUAUACCAGAGUACCUGACCCUGCCACAUCACGCCUAAGGCUUGAACCUGCACUGUUGAACUCAGCAGGAACCAUUCCACUGAGAGCAAGUUCAAGCCUGUAGGGUGAAAUUUAUCCAGGGAAGCAGGCAGGGUAAUGCUUUUUGUUACUUGUGUGCAUGGUACCCCCCUGCUCAGGGCUGGAUUUCACCCUUUGAAGGGCAAAGCAAUCAUUUGAGCAGCAAGCUUUUCCACAUUUCUGCUGUGGUUUACAAAAGAGACCAGAAGAUUAUCUCCCUCUGAAUAUGAUUUGGAAGACUUUAUUCCCUUGGGCUCCUCAGAAAAUGCCAACCCUUGUUGAGAUUUCAGCCUGGGAUUGUUUUCUUAAAAUAUACCAGGAAGAAAACAGUUGAAACUGUUUUGGGUUUCUCCUUAUAUUUUGGCGUAAUUGGCUCAGAAAUGGAAUUCAGCAAUUCUUAUCUGAAUGAAGCUAAUUUCUUACCGAAGGCAAUGCAGACAUUAACUUUCAGCCUUCAUGUAACAAAAUAACUCAUAAACGAGCUCCCCUACACAUUUCAUCUCCCUAAAAGAAACCCAGAGCUUAAGGGGUAUGAAAUUGCUUGAAACUUAUAAUUAGCACACUAAAAUGGGGGAUAAUACUCCCCAUUCUUGGGUGCCUCUGUUUACUACCCGAUAUUUCAAAGCAAAACUAGUGAUAUGUGGUGUCUCUACUACAGCUAGGGAAAAAACGUUUUGUUGAUGUAUCAUUACAAUGACUAUUUGUUCCUGCCAAAAUGUGUCUUCAACAUAAACGUGCCAGAUAAAUAGGUUGUUACUUCAGUAGGAAGAAUUUUUAAAUAAAUAAGUCAAAGAAACUGUUGUAUUGCAUGCUCUGCCAUGUCCUAGCAGCGUAUCUUUGGUUGACAUUUUAUGCCUUUGUGGUCUGGGAGUUUGUCAUGAGGUCGUUAAUAAAGUUUCCCUAUUGCAUGCUU